AUGAAGACGCCACAACUCAAGGCCGAGACCAAGUCGACAAUGGACAGUCAAGCAUUCUUAGGGGGGCGGAACGAGGCGAAGAGGCGAGGAAAGGCCACCAUGGGCUCAAAGGCACUCCUUCUCGCGGCGCUGUCCUCAGCUCCGCUAGCCAUGGCACAAAACUGCAUACCGCUCCAGGGCAGCAAGAUGUGUCACGCUUUUCAAUCGGCUUCAAUCUCGACCAGCAGUAACCUGACAGGUCAUUUUCCUUUCCUCUCGUUCGUCAAGGACAGAAAGUCAUUUGACGACCAGCUAUCAACAUACGUGCAAACGAGUUACGUCCAGGAAAAGUACCAAACUCUCCUCGGAUGCCAAAACAUCAACCUCUCCAACACAAGCGAUCACUAUGCUCGCUUUUCCACUACCGUAAUCUGUAAUGCUAUAAUCCAGAUGUCGAUUGAGGAAUGCAGGCUGUCGCCAGAGGUUUCCAGACCUGUCUGUGCAGAGACAUGCGCCCAAUUCGCCCAGAGCGAAGCCAUGGUUGUCGCGAACCCCCAGCUGUGCGCGAAUCCUGGCAGCAAUGUCCAGCCCCAGAUUAGAGCGGAUUUCAUCAACUGUGCUCUGCCAGCGAAUGCUUUGUCGAACUGCAUCCAGGGCAUCAGCAACGAGCCCGAGAACUGUGGUUAUGGAAACAGCACAAUCGGAUUGUGUGGUUAUUGUUCGUCUGGAGGCAUCAAUUCUACGGAUACUUGUUGCUACAACUCGAACAUCAAGGAGCGAUGCGCCGGUGUCGUCCUGCCCUCGAUCAUCCCGACUAUGACUUUCCCGGCGCCCGAGCCGACCUCGACGGCGACCACCACUUCAACGCCUGUAGCGGGAGGAAGCCGUGGACUUUCUGGAGGUGCGAUUGCUGGUAUUGUUGUGGGCUCCAUUGUGGGAGCUGGCCUGCUUGCUGCCCUGGUCUUUGCGUGUCUUCUGUGCCUGAGACGCAGACGGGGCAAGAGUCAGGAUGGAUCUAUCUUCAACCAGCCAUCUCCGGCGAGGAAGACACCACCCAUGGCCCAGAGCGCGCCCAACUCAUCCUCGGCGCAGCAAUACCCCUCGGUCCUGCCAGGAGGUCGUAUCGCGAGAAUGUCAGCAUUGGAGGGUAAUGGCCACAAUGGCCAUUCGAGAGACGCCUCGUCCCGACACGGUCACGGUAUGGGCGCUGCUGCUGUCGGUGCCGCAGCCGGCUAUGGGGCAGGGAGGAGACGAGGAGCUGACGAUCACUCGUCGUCGGACGGAUUUGGCGACAGCCCCGAUUCAGAACACAGGGCUGUGGGAGUCUUGCGACCGCCACCUGCGUCAGCACUUCGAAGAAACGGCUCGCUUUCGAGUGGAUCGGUCCUGGCGGGCGAAGAUCCUCAGUCGCCCACCAGUGGAGGCAUGUCAUCCCCUCAAGGCAUGGCCAGCCAACAGUCAGAGCAGCUGCCCUUCUUCAAAGACUACUACUCCCAGGACGACAUCCACCCUGGAGACCGGGUGGCUGUCCUGUGGGCCUACCAGCCGCGUGCUGCCGAUGAGUUCACUUUGGACAGGGGCGAUAUGCUCAAGGUCGUCGGCAUCUGGGACGAUGGCUGGGCGACUGGUGUCAUGAUGGACGAGCGGGCGGAGGAAUGGGAGGCACGGCGGCAGGCCCAGAGAGACAGCGGUGUCUCCAACACAUCCGGACGGGGCCGCGACGAAUCGCCUCCCGUCAGCGGCGAGAUCAAGGCCUUCCCCUUGGUCUGUGUCUGCCUCCCCGAGCACUGGAGGAAGACGAUAGAAGGCGACGGUUCAACAGAGACCGGAUCAAGCGCACACCACGGCAUGCACGGCUCAUGA